UGUUGAUUUUCCAAAUUCUUAAAAAAAGGGAUUAAGAAUUGGUGGUAGAGAAUUUGCAGUUUCGACGUCCACAUUUUUCACUCAUCAGAUUGCAUAUGACUAAUUUACUACUACUUCACCACCAAGCUUCUGCCUCUCCCUGGCUCCAAUUUUCAUGAUGGGAACAUGUUUUAGGCCAAAUCUCAAGUGGGGUUUUCAAAUUCAGACUCAUUCCCUCAAGAAUUCCCCUUCCAAGCUUUCCCCAUAUGCCUCUAAAGGCAGGGAAGCCGCCUUUAAUUCAGGAAGACUUUCCUUCUUCUCAAGUAUUUGUGAAGAAGGAGAAUCUAUACCUAGAGAAACCUUGAAAACAUACACUUGCUUGUCUGAAGCUCCACAAACCUCGCCCGAUGAUCUGUUAAAUUUGGAAGAGAUUGAGAUGAACAGUGGGGCAAAGUCACUUAGUUCUUUGCAUUAUGGGAUUAAAAGUACCAGGCCGUCCAAGGUAGAGGACAAUUUUUCUUCCCCUACGAGCAUGCCUACUGGCAAGGCGUCACCUUUUGGCAUCUUAAUGGAAAACCUUGAUGUUUUGGAGGAAACUUUUGCUGAAUCAGGCAUGCUCAGCUUGGAAAGAGAUAUUGUGCUGCAACUAACGAAACUUGGAGCUUUGGAGUUUUUUAAUACCUGUCUAUCUAGGACUCUUAAAACUUCAAGUUUUCAUGAUUUGUCAGACUUACCCGUUGAGGAUGGUGAAGAUCAUAAUGUAAACCAGAAAACUAAUGACCAGAAUUGCGAUGUCACAGUUUACUCUGGAAAAAGAGCAGGAAGAAGAUCAGUAAAAAAGAGAGCAAUGGAUAAUGCUGAUAAAGUUGCUUCCAGGCCGCUGGCUACAAGAGCUGUUAAAGAAAAAAUCCACAGUUCGACUAUAUUUUCGAGAAAAAAAUCAUCUAAUUCUAGUAAAAGAAGACUGGUUGUUGCAAGAAAUGAAGCUGAAAUGUCCACAGGGAUUAAGGUAGUUGCAAAUUUAGAAAGAAUUAGAGAAACCUUAGAAAAGGAAUCUGGAAGAAUAGCAAGCAUGAGUUGUUGGGCCGAAGCUGCCAGCGUUGAUAUAAAAGACCUGCAGAAACAGUUACAAUUUGGUUGGUUCUGCCGGGAUGAGCUUUUAAGGAGCACUAAUUCAUUAGUUCUGUUCCUUGCAAAGAAAUACCGAUGCUCUGGGUUACCAAUGGAGGACUUGGUUCAGGCAGGAGCCCUUGGUGUGCUGCAAGGUGUUGAAAGGUUUGACCCUAAAAGGGGUUUUAGAUUCUCAACGUAUAUUCAAUACUGGAUAAGGAAAUCAAUGUCAAGAGUUGUGGCACGAAAUUCAAGGGGAAUUCAAAUUCCAUGGUCAUUAACCAAGGCAAUAAAUCAGAUACAAAAAGCGCGAAAAGUGUUGAACCAAGGUGGUAGGAGAUAUUCCGACGACGAUAUAGCAAGGGCUACUGGACUUCCUCUAGCCAAGGUUAGAGUUGCCAGCAACUGUUUAAAAGUUGUGGGUUCGGUUGAUCAGAAGAUGGGUGAUGGACUAAAUAUGAAAUAUAUGGAAUUUACAGCUGAUACGUCAAUACAGAGCCCAGAAGAGACUGUGAAGCGAAAACUGAUGAAGAAAGACAUCUUUAAUAUUCUUCAAGGGUUGGAAUCAAGGGAGAGGCAGGUCCUGGUGCUGCGUUACGGACUUAUGGAUUUCCAGCCCAAGUCGCUGGAGGAAAUUGGAAAACUUCUGCACGUAAGCAAGGAAUGGGUUCGAAAAAUAGAAAAGAAAGCCAUGACAAAGCUGAAGAAUGAAGAGACUGUGAAGAACUUGAGCCAUUACUUGGAUUGAUCUACUUCUUUCAAGCAUGAGAACCUCCAGUCUUUCAAAAUUUGCAGCCGGGCGAAGAAGCCAAGGGGUUCGCAUUGUGCUUUCGGGCCACACUAACAAAAUUGGUUACAAUGAGCAUAUCUCAAUCCUCAACGAUUUUCACUAAGCAAAGAAUUCUGUACAGUUCCGUCGUGAUCCAUUACACACCAGCCUCUACACCACUGAAACAUCAACCCAUCUGGUUGCUGGUUCAUGUUUUUUGCUGUAAAUUAUGAUCUUUAUUUCCAUCAUGCAUUGAUGGGACUGUACAUAGAGAUAUGCACUUGAACAUGGCCAAACCUUUCAUAUACAUAUAUAUACAUGCAUCAUAUAAAGCCACUUUAAGCCAUAUGGGACAACAUGUAUUAAAUUGUAUUUCACAUACAGGGCAAUUCAUGCCAUUGCUAUAGAGGUGUAUGUCUGGAUGAGCAUAGUAUAUUUAUUAAUACAUAAUUUAUUUUAAGCUUUUGUAUUCA